CAGGGCCCGAGCGGCGGCAGCGGCCUCCACCAUGGUGCGGUUCGGUGGGGCGGUGCUACGGAAGUAUGGCAACUUCAUAGAUGGUUUACGGCUCUAUGUGAGAGGAGGAACUGGUGGAAUGGGUUAUCCUCGUCUAGGUGGUGAAGGAGGAAGAGGUGGUGAUGUCUGGUUCAUCGCCCGAGAAAGAACUACCUUAAAGAGCAUUAAGGACAGAUAUCCCCAGAAGCGAUUUGUAGCUGGAACAGGAGCCAACAGCAGUGUUAAAGCACUAAAAGGUGAAAAAGGAAAAGAUUGUGAAGUUCAUGUGCCUCUGGGAAUUUCAGUUCUUUGUGAUGAUGGCAAGCAGAUUGGAGAGCUUAAUGCAGCAGGAGAGAGAUUCCUAGCAGCUCGCGGAGGUCUUGGAGGCUCUUUGGCCACAAACUUUGUGCCUUGCAAAGGGCAGAGGCAAAUUGUUCGUCUUGAUUUGAAACUUAUAGCAGAUGUUGGCUUAGUCGGGUUUCCAAAUGCAGGAAAAUCAUCCUUGUUAAGCAAGAUUUCUCAUGCCAAACCUGAGAUUGCAAAUUAUGCAUUUACAACAAUACAGCCUGAACUAGGAAAGAUCAUGUAUGCAGAUUAUAAGCAGAUUUCUGUAGCUGAUCUCCCAGGACUGAUAGAAGGUGCACAUGCAAACAAAGGGAUGGGCCACAAAUUUCUGAAACACGUAGAAAGAACCAAACAGCUUCUCUUGGUUGUUGAUAUUUCUGGGUUUCAGCUGUCUACUAAGACUCAGUUUAGAACAGCCUUUGAAACUGUAUUUCUUCUAACAAAGGAACUGGAGCUGUACAAAGAGGAACUUCUAACAAAGCCUGCACUUCUUGCCAUUAAUAAAAUGGAUUUGCCUUGCGCAAAGGAUAAUUUGAAUGAACUUAUGAAACAACUACAGAAUCCUCAAGACUUCUUACACUUACUACAGGAAGAAAUGAUUCCUGCAAAUACCCUUGAAUUUAAAGAUAUAAUUCCUAUAUCUACAUAUACCGGAGAAGGAAUUGAGGAACUAAAAGCAUGUAUAAGAAAAUCCAUAGAUGAGGAAGCAGAGCAGGAGAAUGAAGAGUAUCGGAAAAAGAAACUACUACUUUUACAAACUUCAGAAGAACAAGUGAAUAGAAGCUAGCAUUCUUGGCUGGAUCCAACACAGUUUCAUAUUUUUAGUAUGUACAUGAACCCAUUGCUAUGCAGACCUUCCAUUUAAUUUUUGUUCCCUCUACCACCACUGCCCAGUUCU